AUGUUUGUGUACGUUUCACGUGAGGAGUUAGACAAGGUCUUGUUAUCGAAAAUUGAACCUAUCGAAAACCCGCUGAACUUUAAUGAAGACAAGUUCAAGAAGUUGCUAAGUAGAGUGGAGACGCUCGAGAAGACAGUAAAAGCUCUUCAACUAGAAAAUCAAGCUCUGAAGUCUCAAAUUAACUCUGUUAAUACUAAGGAGAAAGAGAAUUCAGCUUUGUGUUACUCCCAGUUACAUCAACUGAGGUAAAGAAUGUGAUUAAUAGCCUACAUUCAUCUAAAGCUUCUGGUCCUUAUAGCAUCCCUGUGUUUUUGCUAAAGCUCAUUAAACCUGCAUAUCAUUUCCUAUACAAUUAAUUUAACCUCUCCUUUACUGAGUAGUGGCUGUGUGCCAAAUCGCGAGAGCUCGCAUAUAACGUGGCUUUGUAGUUCUGUACUUGGUAAGGAAAUUUAUUUCUUUGCAAAAAGGAAGACACUAUCCCCAAGAAAAGCAAUUUUCCAGCACAGCAAUGUCAGGAAUUUACGUGCUUCAACGGUCUACACGGUCUACACGGUCUACCAUCAUAUGAGAUAAAUAUAAUAAUAUAUUCUAUUUCUUACUGUUGCAGAAUGGUAGACCGUGGAUGAUGGUAGACCGUCAGAAAAUAGAAAUUAACAUAGCACACAACUUUUUCUGCUCUCUAGCUCUAACGGACUUUAAUAACCAUCUUAUUUUCACCGUAGUAGAUGAAAAAAACUGAACGGUUUUACUUUAACAGCGAUGUUGAAAAAUAAGUCACGCGGUAUACCGAUUACAUAACGCCAUUGCAUAUCAAAUGUCAUUGCGUUACAGAUACAGGGGUGAAAAUGAAGGUUUGGCAGCUUUAUUCGCAACUAUAGUAUCUCUAGAUACCAAGAAAAAGAAAAUUAUGCUGUUAUUAUGCAUUCGCGCUUCUCAGAGUUUAAUUACAACGCCGAAACUUUAAGCUAUGUCACGGUAGAUAAUGGCGCAUGCGUUACAACAAAACUGAGGCAAAAUUUACAAGUCACUACAUUCUUAAGCGCUUUUUUAGGCAGUUUGCUAUCAAUGACAAUGAUGUAUCGGCUGGGAAAAGCAACACAAAGUGCCAUUCUAUUUAUUUAUGUCGCUAUAGUCUUCGUUUUGGGAAUUUAAGACGUGGAAAUCGCUUGUUGAAGUAAACCUUAAAUGAGACAACCAGUUGCAAAAGUACUUGAGACACUGUACCGUAUUUUGGCAUAAAUGGCCUGUCCAUGAUCUUGUGCUUGUGAUCCCCCCUCCACCCCUUAUCAAAGUUGCUAGCAAUACAAGACCAUACUCAAAACGUGGAGGAACAACUUUGAAUUGGAGGGAGAAGGGAGGUCAGUAUUAUAUUUUACAGACCUGUGACCAGGAGCGAUUUGAAGCAAGAAAGGUCGUUUUUUCGUGGGAGUGUUUCAUCAUUUUUGCAACUGGUUGUAGCUAACGUUAUUCCUAUCUACAAGAACGACUCUGUGAUUUGCAUGAACAACUAUCGACCCAUCUCUCUGCUUUCUAGUUUCAAUAAAGUAUUGGAAAAACUUGUGCAUAAGAGACUUGUUAAUUUUAUUGAUAAAUACAACAUCUUGUAUGUCAACCAGUUUCGCUUUAGAGAACAACACUCUACAAUCUAUGCAACUCUUCUAAUUACAGAUAAGAGCCAGAGAGCUAUAGAAUAUGGCCUAUUCUCAUGCGUAAUCUUCAUUGAUUUGUCAAAAGCCUUUGAUACUGUUGUCCAUGGCAUAUAAUUAGAAAACUAAGUCAUUAUGGGAUCCGUGGAAUUGCAAAUGACUGGUUUACUUCCUAUUUGCACAAUAGGAGGCAACAUGUUUCUAUUGGUAGCACUAAGUCUGGUGACAUUGUUAUUACUCGUGGAGUUCCGCAGGGACCGGUACUAGGUCCCCUCCUAUUUCUCUUGUAUAUUAAUGACUCAAGUAAUCGCAGCGAAUUAUUUGACUUUCACACUUUUGUUGAUGAUACUGAUUUAUUUUAUUCCAAUCGUAGUCUAGCUGAACUAGAGGAUGUUAUUAAUAAUAAUCUUUUGCUUAUGGCAAACAAGCUCUCAUCGACAAGACAAAUUUCAUUAUUUUUCACGCCCCUCAAAAGUCAACAAGUCACGCAGUCAAAUUAUUACUCGCCAAUAGGGAGAUUAAACAAGAAAAUUUUAUUGAAUAUUUAGGUUUACAUAUUGACUCACACCUUAGUUGGAAGUUUCACAUUUUGCAUAUUUCAAAAAAAAAAAAAAGCACUGUAUUGGAACGCUUUCUAAAAUUAGGUACUUUGUUAACCAACAAGUCCUUAUUCAGUCCUACUACACACUUAUUUAACCUUUUUUGACUUAUGGCUUAAUUACCUGGGUAAAUACAUAUCCAACUUCUCUACAGCCUCUUAUUACUUUACAGAAAAAAAUAAAAUAGAGUUAUAACCUUUUCUGAUUUAAUUAUCAUUCUAGUCCUCUCUUUCGCAAGAUGGGGAUACUUAAAUUAGGGGAUUAAAUAUAUUUAGACAGUGUUCUUUUUAUGCAUGAUUACUAUUCUCAUAGACUUCCAAGUACUUUCAAUAAUUUCUUUAAAAGCAUUAAUAAAAUACAACAAUAUGCAACCAGACUGGCCUCUAAGAAGUCUUAUUAUUUACCGAAAGCUAGGACGAGUUAUGGGAAAAUUAAUAUCCAUUUCAGCGGAGCUAAACUGUGCAAUGCUAUUAAAGAUCUAAAAUCAGCGGGUCGUUCUCGCUUUAAAAAGCUUUUAAAAGAAUCUGUCAUCUCCAAAUGUUGAUUGGUGUACUUUAUAUGCAGCUAAUUGUGUGCACAGCGGUUGUUUUGUCUUGCUUCUUUGAUUAUUCGUUUGUGUAUUUGUUUAUUUAUUACAGCUUAAAUAUUUUUUUGCAGUGUUUUCGCGUGCAUUUUUUUAUUUAUAACAACUUCGAUAUCUAGUUACUUUCCCGCAUGGCCUAUCCAUGCGGGAAAGUAACAAGUAUUUCUUUUUAAUGACUCUACACUUUUUUACCAAGAGCACAAUAAAGAUUGUUGUUGUUGUUGUUUGUUGUUAGAACGCAGAAAAAAAACUUAGACGGAAGUAGUUGUAGUCCAAAAGAUUCUCAAGUUUUUUUGCAAACGGACCAAUAAAAUUCAAGGUUCAACAAUGCAACCGUUGAAAACUUUAAAACUGUUUAAACUUACCUAACCUCUCAGGAAACAGCCCUGAAAUUCAUGAAAUUUCAUUGUUCCGUUUACAAGAAAAACGUGAGAAUCUUUUGUUUUCAAAAACUUAAAAGUGUGAUUGGAUAAUCUUCAUCCAGGUGCCCCGGUUUGAGUAGUCGCACUGUAAGUGUUCUUAAGUGUAACUGAGCUCGAUUCAUUUCUUACUCAGAAAGCCAAUCGAACUCAACUUGCGGACAAUACAUAUAUCCAUGACUAGUACAUUUCGGUGAGCGUAUUGUCAAUGUUUUACAUUCAAAAGAUGCGAUAAAUUCAAACUAAAAUGUACUAGUCGUGGAGGUAUGUAAAGUGCGCAAUUUUUUUGGAAUAAUUAACCUAACGUCAAAACAGUGAAUGUUGUAACGCAGGUUUUUGACAGUUUCGUAGGAAAGGUUUGCCUUGAAAUUUUAAGAUGUUGCAGUGAAUCAAUCUCAAUGAAAGUUUCAGACCUUAUUAUAUACAUUAUGAAGAUUAUGUGAAAAGAUUCCAAAAAAUUCGUUAGAGUCCUUUCAGAGAUAUACAAACAAGCGCUAAAAACCUAAAUUUUGAAUGAAGUUGCGCUUAUACAUGUGCUGAGAAAACGGGUUAGUUUUUAAGAUCGCAAGAACGAAAAUACACCAAAAUUUCCUAGCAUCGAAAUAUGAUAUUAAGCAGCAUUCUGAAGCUACUUAAGAAUUUAAACUCAGUAAAUAUUGCAAAAAUAAUUUAUUAGAUAGUGCCGAUAACUUUUAAAUUCCAAACUUUAUAUAAAAGCAAAAUCAGCUUAAGUUUGUAUGUCUUAAAAAAUCCUCUUACGGAGAUUGUUUGCUAAACACCAAACUUUAAGUUCCCGGUGUUGGAUUUUCAGUAGCUGGUCUAGAUCACACAAAAUUCAGCUUUUAUCAGUUUCAAAAUUUUUUGUUUAUGGUUGUCAUAGUAAUAUAGAUAUUACUUAAAACUACAUUUUCACAAAUUUCAAUCCAUAGCCAAUUGCUGGUGAAAAUUUUGUAGCGAUCAGACAAGAAAAAAACCACUUUUAAUGCAAUUGAAAAAUAUAGGUAUGGCCUCUGAAAAACUGUAUCGAAACACCUUAACAUGUCCUUUACUUUGACUUAAGAUUGGCUAAGAUUGGAUUCGGCGACUGACUUGAAGUAAAAAGAUUCUAUGAGAUUCUAUUCUCUCAGGUGAUAAGUUUGACGCAUGACACUGACGCGACCUAAUUUUCUUCAUGUUCCUUAUAUUUCUGUAGAUGGCCUUUCGAACAGUGUUUUUGGCUGCCAAUCUACCUUUACUCUUCGGCUUCUUGCAUUGGAGGGGAAACGUUCCAGGCGACGGCAACGAGUUCAAAACAGGUCUCAAACUUUUAGGAUUAAAGCCAGGGCCACUAGGCUACUUCAACUCUGCCUACAUGGCCUUCACUCGAGCAGAGGCAGGUAAAUUUCCCAAUCUGGUGUCUUACCGUUCGAAGAUGACAAGAAUAAAAAACAACAUCACUUCGGCAUCAAUUGCUCCCGUGCGAUCUAACACGAGUACAUUCAAGAAGAGCAAAUCCUUUCCCUUUACAACGCUUUCAGGUUCUUGUGAAUCUACCAUAGGAGGGUUUGAGAGGCUUUGUUCAAUUUGUCCGGCUAUAACUGAUCUGGGACCAGACAAGAUUCCCCGCUAUAUUAACGAAGUAUUGUGUGGACAAGAGACCACCUGUGGGGUAGGAGGCAGCGUGUUAGGCCUGUGCCAAAACUCUACUGUGACUCAGUCUUUCUUAAUGAAAGUUGGAUCAAGUUGGGAGGUUUAUUCACAGGAAAUAAAAGUGUGCUGCGAAUGUGCACUGUUCUUUUCAUGAACAUAAUGUAGUGUUAGUAAAAUAAACGUCAGUCUUUAUUUCUCAGGCUGUAAUCAACUUAUAUAAGGUGUAAUAGUAAAGGUACUGAAGAGUUCCGGCUUCGGCUGAUAACACGUACCGAGAUUAUUCCGGAUAUCACAAAAAUAUAAUCCAAUAACUGUCUUAAUAUACAGAUUUAGCCAGGGCUAAAAGCGAAGCUCCCAUUAAUAAAUUUGUAAUUUAAAUCAAACAAUAAACUUGUAACCCACAAAUCAGUUAACUUAAGGGCACAAAUGUGACUAUUUAGGGAAAGCUAAGGCUAAGCGAUUUUAGAGUGAAAAAAAAUCUUACAUCGAAUUGCUAGCCGUAUAUGUACACCCAAAAAAUAGCAAUCAUCUUCGAUCACAUUUUAGGAGCCAUAAUGGCUCGAGAAUUGAAUCAGAUAUACCAUUCUGCGCGUGCGUAUGCCCUUAUGCUUAUGCUUAUGCGCUAGUGAAAACCUGGCAUAACGAACACUACGUUGUGUGAACUUCAUAUGGUGUCCAAGAGGUUCAGGUCGAUGGGAUCUAACGCUGACCGCAAGCAACCGCUGGAGGCGGUUAGGGAAAGGCGGAAAGGGCCGCGAAAGAGUAGGUCAAGACCAUCACCAUUUAGCGCGAAGUUAGAAACUUUAAGGGACAUGUUCACGGUUAAGCGAAUGCUCAUUAAUUAAAUUACGUUUUUCCAAUUUAUUAUUAAUUCUAUCGGUUAAUAGUCCCACUCACAUGUAUAUCAGCAAUCUCAGAGUGUACUUCAAAGUAGGAGUGUAUUUCAGAGUAACGUGAAGCAGGAUGGAGGAGUACUAAAAUCGCAGAAAAAGUCAGUGAAUUAUGCAAACACUACCAACGUUGAAUUUAUUGUUGACCCGAAGAUUCCAUGGUUGACUAAUUUACAGCUAUUUGCAAAUAUUUAAGUUGAUCAAGUGCAAGUGGCUGCCCGGGGAGAGUGCAGAUUGGUUCUUUGACAACAUUAUGACAUGAUCAUAUUGCUCGCAUAGACGAUACAGCAUGUCCCGGCAGAAAAACAGCUUUUCGAUAAAUGAGCAUGCGCCGAACCGUGAACCUGUCCCUUUAAGCUGCGUAGCAGACGCGGCUGCCAAAUUGUUUUGGUUUGUUUUUGUUUUGUUGCUCAGGUGCACUUUUAUAAAGACUUUUGUCUCAGUAUUUACAAAACUUAAUGGCAACCUUUUAGCUGUAUGUAUCGGCUUCGAAGAGAUCAUCGAUGAGGAUGACUUUCUUUUACUCUACGAUUUGAACACUUCCAAAAAUCUUGAUUUCUUUAUUACGAUGAUUAUUGCCGAUUCCGUUCGGCCUUGGCGAGAUGGAUGCUAUGAAGACUCACAAAUGACAUUAUAA